CCGGGCGGACCCGCGCGGCGCAGAGAAAAGAAUUUCCGGGGAGCUGAGCCGAGCGGGCUGCCUAGCUCUCCUCUUGGGAGAGGAGGGCCCCGGCAGCCUGCGACCCGGGCUGUGCCCAGCAAGGCCCUUCUCCGCUCACAGCCUCAGUUUACCCCCCAGUACAGCAGGGAGUAGUAAUAGGUGCUUCCCUGCGGGGAAGGGGGACAGGGCUCCACGGGGAGAAGCUUCCUCCAAGGGGGGAAGCUCAGGUUGGGGAACAGAGAUCAAUUCCAGAGGACCCAAGGUAGGCAGACCCAUGAGGUCUGGCCGGCCAAGGUGGACCAGCCUCCAGCAGGGUCUCCCCCUCCCCAGGCCUCCCAUUGGCAGCCUUAGGGUGGGUACAGCUUCCCCUCCCUAUGCCAGCAGCCCCUCCCUAUGGCAGCUGCUCGAAACACAAAUCUGCGAGGCUGCAGGGCACGGCGUGGCUAUGGGUGGGCCUUUGGGCAGAUGACCUCGCCCUCUAAGCCCAGGAGCGCCCAUCAAAGGGGCAUGAGGAUACCUGGCCCAUAGCUGGUCAUGAGGACCAAACCAGAUGAUGGGUGUAGGCGGGCUGGCAGGAUAAGUGGUGGUGACAGUGAUGCUGAUGACCGGGCUGUCCUGCCUCCCAGGCACAUGUAGGGGAAAGGCCAGAUGCCUUAGCAUGUUACAUACCCCGGCUCAGCCAGAGCCCCCCUCCUCCAGCAGGUACCCCCUGCCAGAAAUGAUCCGUCUUCCCCUGCUCCUCCUUCUGGGACCGAUUGCUGGGAAACCCCUGUCCUACACCAGGCAGGGCACAAAGGAAGUGCCCCAAAAAUGUGUGUGGGUAAAUAAAUGUAUGUCUGCAAAAGCAGCCUGGCUCCAGAACUCUCACAAGAAGAAGGAAAGGAGAGGGCUUCUUUUCCAGUGAGCUGUGGUGAGGCUGACGCGGAGUCCACAGGCAAAAGGGGGCUGUGCCCCAGGGGUGACCUUCAGAAUCUCACCAGGACUGUCCCACAAUGCUCCUGCCGCUGAGGGUAUGAGGUGGGUGUGCAGACUGGUGAGCUGCCAGCAGGGGCCCAGACGUGCCAGGCCUGGAGAUGGCUGGAAACUGCUCCUGGGAGGCCCAUCCCAGCAACAGGAACAAGAUGUGCCCCGGCAUGAGCGAGGCCCCGGAACUCUACAGCCGGGGCUUCCUGACCAUCGAGCAGAUCACGAUGCUGCCGCCUCCGGCCGUCAUGAACUACAUCUUCCUGCUCCUCUGCCUGUGUGGCCUGGUGGGCAACGGGCUGGUCCUCUGGUUUUUCGGCUUCUCCAUCAAGAGGAACCCCUUCUCCAUCUACUUCCUGCACCUGGCCAGCGCCGAUGUGGGCUACCUCUUCAGCAAGGCGGUGUUCUCCAUCCUGAACACGGGGGGCUUCCUGGGCACGUUUGCCGACUACAUCCGCAGCGUGUGCCGGGUCCUGGGGCUCUGCAUGUUCCUCACCGGCGUGAGCCUCCUGCCGGCCGUCAGCACCGAGCGCUGCGCCUCGGUCAUCUUCCCCGCCUGGUACUGGCGCCGGCGGCCCAAGCGCCUGUCGGCCGUGGUGUGCGCCCUGCUGUGGGUCCUGUCCCUCCUGGUCACCUGCCUGCACAACUACUUCUGCGUGUUCCUGGGCCGCGGCGCCCCCGGCGCGGCCUGCAGGCACAUGGACAUCUUCCUGGGCAUCCUCCUGUUCCUGCUCUGCUGCCCGCUUAUGGUGCUGCCCUGCCUGGCCCUCAUCCUGCACGUGGAGUGCCGGGCCCGACGCCGCCAGCGCUCUGCCAAGCUCAACCACGUCAUCCUGGCCAUGGUGUCCGUCUUCCUGGUGUCCUCCAUCUACUUAGGGAUCGACUGGUUCCUCUUCUGGGUCUUCCAGAUCCCGGCCCCCUUCCCCGAGUACGUCACUGACCUGUGCAUCUGCAUCAACAGCAGCGCCAAGCCCGUCGUCUACUUCCUGGCCGGGAGGGACAAGUCGCAGCGGCUGUGGGAGCCGCUCAGGGUGGUCUUCCAGCGGGCCCUGCGGGACGGCGCUGAGCUGGGGGAGGCCGGGGGCAGCACGCCCAACACAGUCACCAUGGAGAUGCAGUGUCCCCCGGGGAACGCCUCCUGAGACCCCAGCGCCUGGAGGAGGCAGGGGCAGGAAGCAGCCUCCAAGACCCUUCGCCCUGGGACAGGAAUGGGCACCUGCCUCUGAGUCCAUACAGGAGAAGAAAAGAUCUGUUUCCUCUCCUGGGGCCUCCUUCUCCCUGGGCUGGGGGCUCCAGGGGUGGCUGGGAGAUUGGGCAGCCACCUGCAAACAGACCCUGUGGCACCUGCCCGGCUCCCCCACCCAUUCUGCUCCCCUAGAGACCCCUUGUACAGAAGUUGCCCCCAGGUGGUGGGGCUCCUCCUUGCCCCAGGCUGGUCGGUAAAGGAGAGGGGGUUGUCACCCAGCCACCUCUGCCUCUUGGGUCAGCCCUCCUUAACUGUGUCCCAGCCAGCACCAGUCCAGCAGCCUCAUCCCUGCCAUUCAGGGCUGUUCCGGAAAUUUGAUCCUCUCAAGGCAUUAUCGGUGAGCAAAUUUGAAGGAAAUGGUGUCUGGAAGAAGGUUUUGGUUCGCAUGCCUUGUAGCUAAGUCUUCCUGCAAACAACUUCCCUUCCCCCUGUCAAGUCAUUUGGUGACUUUGAUGGGGGGAUUUCUGGUUAUGUCAAGGCUCUGGAGACAGGAAGGACCUUUGGUCGCCUUGGGUAGUUGACCUGCCUUUUCUGACUCCGGGACGAGCCAGUCCUAGGCUGCCUCCGGGAGCACUCGAGGUAUCCCACAGGCCAUGAGGACCCGCUGGGCAGCUCCUGGACAGCCUCUUGGCUCCAGCCCCCACCUGAAAGUGGACACUGGCUCCACCCUGGCCACCUGGGGACUGGCACUGUGGUGCACAGUGGCCCAGUGUAGCCAACGGAAGUUUUAUAAAAGACAAAAUGUAUAUCAAUAAACAUUUUAUAACUUGCAGCCA